CGGAGCCCCGGGGCGAUCUGACCCGCCCGGCGGAGCCGGACACGUUUGCGCGCUCCCGAGCGAGCGGCGGCGCGCCCUCCUUGCUCAUUCUCUAUUGGCCGCGGCGCACGUCACUCAGCGGCGCCUGGGGGGUUUUGCGCAUUGCUAUUGGCUACGGCGCGCGGGACCGGCUCCGCCCUUUGGAACUCGGCGGCCGCGCGGACCAUGGAGUGAACGUCCGGGCCGCCCCGGGGAUGUGAAGCGCCGUCGAGUCGGCGGGUCGGUGCUUCCCCCGCAGCGGAGCCCGGCGGGAUGGCGGCGGGGACCGGGAGCGGGGCGGAGGAACUGGCCUGGAGCCCCGGGACGGAGCCGCGUCGCCCGCCCGGCCUGGAGGCCAAACUGGGCUCGUUGGUGCUGCUGCUGCUGCUGCCCCUCGGCUGCGGCCUCGCCCCGCUCUGCUGCUUCCGCCAGCCCCCCAGCGCCGCCGACGCCCGCAGCCCGGUGCUCAGCCUGGUGAGCUGCUUCGCCGGCGGCGUCUUCCUGGCCACCUGCCUGCUCGACCUCCUGCCCGACUACCUGGCCAGCAUCAGCGCGGCGCUGGACGGGCUGCACGUCACGCUGCAGUUCCCCUUGCCCGAAUUCAUCCUGGCCAUGGGCUUCUUCCUGGUGCUGGUUCUGGAGCAGGUCGCGCUGGCGCAGCGGGACCCGCCGCCCGUCACCGAGGAGACCCGCGCGCUGCUGCCCGCCGGCGCCGUCCCCGCGCCGUCCCCGCAGCCCCCCGGCGCCCGCGGCGCGGUGCGUGCCGGGCUGCUGGUGCUGGCGCUGGCGCUGCACGCCGUGCUGGAGGGGCUGGCGCUGGGGCUGCAGGAGGGCGAGGGGGCCGUGCUGCGCGUGUGCCUGGCGCUGCUGCUGCACAAGUGCGCCGUGGCCUUCAGCCUGGCGCUGAAGCUGCUGCGGGGCCGGCUGCGCGCCCCGGCCGUGGCCGCCUGCCUGCUGCUCUUCGCCAUGAUGUCCCCGCUGGGCGUGGGGCUGGGGGCGGCGGUGGCGGCGGGCGCGGGGCCGCGGCAGCGCCUGUGCCGGGGGGUGCUGGAGGGGUUGGCGGCCGGGACGUUUCUCUACAUCACGUUCCUGGAGAUCCUGCCGCAGGAGCUGGGGGUGCCCCAGCAGCGCGUCCCCAAGGUCAUCCUGCUCCUCGCCGGCUUCAGCCUCGUCACCGCCAUCCUCUUCAUCAAGAUCUGAGGGACACCCCCGUGCACACGGCCCCCCCGCCGGGGGUUCCCCUCUGCGCCCCCUCCCCUGUGUAAGUGCCAAAGCGCCACGGUCGGGGCAGCCCCUGCGCCCCCCCCAGCCCUUCUGGAUGGGCUCCGUGCCUCAGUUUCCCCAUCUGCACAGGGGGAACGGUGCUGUGCCCCCCGCCGUGGGGGGGUGAGCAUGCGGAUUCCACCCCCCCCCAUCCACAAGUGCCCUUACAAUGCGGGUGGGCGCCCCACAGCGCGCAGCCCUGCGGGGAAAGGUUUCGGAUGAAGCCAAUAAAAGACCAAACAAGA